AUGCAAAGUAAAACAUCUGCUGAUUGGAAGCAAGUAGAGACACCGGUACCGGAAAGUGAUUUUAUAGACGCUGAUCAAUCAUCGUACGAAGAAAUUUAUGGUAUUGUGUCUAAUAAAGAUGAUUAUUCUAUGCCGUGUUUAACAUUUCGUUCAUGGUUAUUGGGUAUUUUAUUUACUGUUUUGAUAUCAAUACUAAACCAGUAUCUCUACUAUCGAACACGGUCAUAUUCCUUUUCACCGUUGUUAGCACUGAUAUUAACAUAUCCAUUAGGACGUUUUCUUGCCUGGACGUUACCAACAAAACAAAUAUAUAUUCGAAAAUGGUUUAUGUUUUCAUUGAAUCCUGGUCAGUUUACAAUAAAAGAACAUGCAGUCGUAUUUAUAAUGGCUUUAAUUGCUGCCGAUAAUGUACAUACAAUUGAUAUAAUUGUUGCAGUACAAAUCGUUCAUUCACAACAGAUCAAGUGGCUUUUUGGACUAUUCCUUGUCUUGUCAUCACAAAUGAUGGGUUGUGGCAUGGCUGGUAAAGAUUGUUUUUCGCAAUAG